UGAUGGAGUGAUUGGAGUUGUUUGUAAUUUGGUCGUUAGCGGAAGACGGAGACGUAUCAUUACUUAGAACGUCGAUGUUCAAGUGUUUGAGUGAACUGGGCGUCGAUGGCAGUAUAUUUACAUCUGAGGAAGAUAUAGAAUGCUUUUUGGGCGGCUGGAUGGAACAACUGGAAUCAGGGUUCUGUCCUACUAUCUCUGCCCUGAAGCUUUGGAGUUCAAUCAUGGCAUUCGGUUGCCUGGAGACGGAUUCGAACAGGGUGAAAUGAGUUGGAGAUUUGUAUGCGUAUGUAUGGAUCCCGUUUGGUAUGGAUUUGGGCUUCGAUACGGUGGGUGUUGGGGGUUGACCUGUUCGCCAAGAUGCUCCUUAAGUUUUCGACU